CAGUGAGCCCUGUGUGGCACAUUAGCCUUCACCAUAGACUGGGACAGAGGCCCUUUUAGCAGAGAUGGAAGCUACCAUUUCCCUAUGACUUCUAGCCUUCAGUUAAGCUUCUGCAAAAGGAUAGGACAAUGUGAGAGGACGGUGCUUUAACAUGACAGUCCUAUGGGCUGUGUUUACGUGGGCAGUCAAAGGGAUACUCUGCACCUGCAGGUUCCUUUGGAUAUGUCCAUACAAUGCUAUCAGAUUCUUACCAAGGGAAAACCCCAUUACAGAGGGCAAAAGCCAUGAGUUGAAACAAGUUGUGGGUGCCGAAAAUAACAGGAUUGCCGCCAUACCAGGUAGCCCUGACCGUACAUUUGCCCUCCAGAAGAGACUGACCAAAACUGAAAAAGAGGUGCUAUCACUGAAGACCAGGAUUGCUUGUGAGAGAGCAUCAUGGGAAAGGAGGUUUACAGAGCUGAAGAGAAAACAGGAAGAGCUGCAUAAUCAGCUGGAGUCUGGAGUGUUGGUGAAAGUGGGCAGUUACAGUGACCAGGGAGAGUCAGGAGUGGACAAUGGAGAAGCAUUUGAAGAGUAUUCAGGCGGCCUCCAUCAGCGCAGAAGGUCUGACAUGUCAUCAAGAAGUGAUAGUUAUGAAUGCAGUUUGUCAGGCAGCCAGUUAUCUUCAUCCUCAGCACAGAGUUCAAGACCUUCCUCCUCCUCAACUUCAGCCUCGAGUGUGAGAUCAUGGAGGAAAUCUCAAGGGCCACAUCGAGUUUUUGUUCCUCACUCCCCGAUGGACUUACAGCUAGGCCAUCGGGUCAGGAUCAUGCUGCCAUCUGGGAGGAUCAGCACAGGAAUAGUUCGUUUCCUCGGUCACCUGCAGGGGGAGGUAGAUCUCCACCUUGGAGUUGAGCUACAAACUCCUGAUUCAGGGCUAUGUGAUGGGAGCCACCUGGGACACAGCUACUUUGAAUGCAAACCUGGAUACGGGGCUUUUGUACCUUUCCACAAACUACUAAUGGCAUGGGAGUAACAAAAAUACAUACAUCUUACCAAGCUCGCCAUCGACUAGAGCAGCGGUCCCCAACCCCUGGGCCACGGUCCGUGAGUCGUUUGGUACCGGGCCGCGAGAGUUGAGGCUCGG